AUGAUUCUCAAAAACGAGCUGAUUCAACUGUUGGAUAAGGCGCAAUUCAAACUACGGAAAUGGAGUUCCAACAGUUGGCGUCUUCUAAAAUCAUUGCCAGAAGAGGACCGAUGUUAUGAGCCUAUCCAGCUCCUCAACAAAUCAGCUGCGGAUUCACCAAUCACAAUUCUUGGCAUCCAAUGGAAUCCCGGAAAGGACGUCAUGUACCUCAAUAUCAAGGAGUGCGAUCCGACCAUUUCUCCGACGAAAAGGGAACUCUUGUCGCAGCUAUCAAGAAUCUAUGACCCGCUUGGAUUGGUAGCGCCGGUCACAGUUCUACUCAAGCUUAUCUUCCAAGAAAGCUGGACAAGUGUUCUGCAAUGGGAUGACCCGAUUCCUGAAACUCUACGCUCGCGCUGGAAGGCCUUGGUGGAGGAUUUGCCAACACUUACGCAAUGUCAAGUACCACGAUACAUUGCGUCACCAUUCCAAGACGUUCAACUACACGGAUUCGCCGACGCAUCCGCGCAAGCCUACGGUGCGGUUGUAUACGCUCGAGUAGCAUAUGGAGGCAGUUUUCAAAUCACCCUAGUUGCUGCCAAAACCCGUGUAGCCCCGAUCAAGCCUGUUUCGAUCCCACGUCUGGAACUGAAUGCUGCUUUACUUCUUGCUCGAUUGCUCUCGAUUGUCAAAGCCUCACUAACGAUUCCUAUUUUCAGCACGAGCUGCUGGACAGAUUCAGAAAUUGUGCUACACUGGCUUUCAGCUCCCCCACGAAACUGGAACACAUACGUCUGCAACCGAACGGCUGAGAUCCUGAACGACUUUCCUCGCAGCUGCUGGAAUCAUGUCCGCACAGAGGACAACCCUGCCGACUGUGCUUCUCGAGGACUUCAUCCGUCCAAGCUUCUGGAGCAUCGACUGUGGUGGAAGGGUCCAUCAUGGCUGGCCACACCGCCCUCUGAGUGGCCACCGUCUACAAGCAAGUUCAGCGUAUCUCCAAAUCUCGAUGUCAACACCGAAGAGCGAUCUGUCAAGCCCACAACUCUACAUAACUUUCCUGAUGAAAGUAUCUACGAGUUACUCAUCCACAAAUUCUCAACCUGGACGCGUCUGCUAAGGGUAUCUAGCUACUGUUAUCGCUUUAUUCACACUCUUCGAUCUCGUCAUAGGAAUCCGGCACCAUUCCUUACAUCCGAAGAGUUGCAGGCCGCACGUUGCCGACUCAUCCGACACGUGCAACAAACUUUCUUUGCCAGAGAAUAUGCGCAGCUAGAGAAUCGACGCCCGUUUAAUGCUAAAUCGCAUUUAAUUCGGUUCUCCCCAUUUCUGGACGAUCAUGGAAUUAUGCGAGUCGGUGGAAGAAUCGACAACUCUACACUCAACUUCAACGCCAAGCAUCCAAUCCUAAUACCAAAGGAUUCACCACUAGCUGGACUCCUGGUUCGACAUUUUCACGUUUCACAUCUACACACUGGAGUUGAUGCUACGUUCACCAAUCUUCGUCAGCAGUACUGGAUUCUGGGUGCACGCAAUCUGGUCAGAAAGGCAGUUUUCCAAUGCAAACGCUGCUUUCUUCAACGCAAAGGCACCAGUAACCAGAUCAUGGGAGAGCUGCCAAUCCCUCGAGUUCAGGCUAGUCGCUGUUUCCAACAUACAGGGCUGGAUUACGCUGGACCGAUCGCCAUCAAGGAAUCAACAGGACGAACUCCACGGAUCGGAAAGGCAUGGUUCUCUAUCUUUGUCUGCCUAACUACAAAGGCAAUCCAUAUCGAGGUCGUCAGUGAUCUGACUGCAAAGGCCUUCAUCGCAGCCGUUCAACGAUUUAUUGCCCGACGAACAAAGCCCACCGAUCUGUACUCGGACAACGGAACCACAUUUCAUGGCGGAAAGCAAACUUUGGACGACAUGCGACGCCUAGUCAUCGAACAAUCUAAAGAUGAGGAACUGGCUGGAUUCUUCGCCAAUGAAGGCAUUUCUUGGCACUUCAUACCCCCAUCUGCCCCUCAUUUUGGCGGAAUGUGGGAAGCCGGCGUUCGUUCCAUAAAACUUCAUAUGCGACGGAUACUUGGAUCCAAGGCUCUCACGUUUGAGGAACUAGCGACUGUUUUGACCCAAAUUGAAGCCAUCCUCAACUCUCGCCCACUGUGCCCAAAUGGGGAUAAUUCGUUGGACCCGCUGACUCCCGCUCAUUUCCUGACUGGAGCUCCUUAUACUGCCCUCUCUGAACCCUGCCGUCUGGAUAUGCAAAUCAAUCGACUGGAGAGGUGGAAUCAGCUGCAAGCUAUGGUCCAAGAAACUGAGAAUCUGAAGAUCGACACACUGGUGGUACUCAAGGAGCCUAACCUACCUCCCUCUAAAUGGAUUCUUGGACGCAUCAGCGAGGUGCACGCAGGAUCAGAUGACAAAGUACGGGUCGUAACAGUAAAGACGGCCCAUGGAUCCUACAAACGCCCAAUUACCAAAAUUGCUGUCUUGCCUCUGUGCUGA